AGACUAUUUGACUCCAGCAGCUAUUGUACUGCUUAUCAGGAAGAACAAGACUGUUUUAAGAGUAAAACAAUCAAACAACACAGCCUAAAUGUCGGCCAUGCCUCUAUGAAAUCGUUAUAAUACGUCAUUAGUGAUGUACUACAUUUUUCAAAUUUCAAUGCAGCUGCUUCCACUUCCAGUCGAUUCUCAGUUGGGACAUAGUAUAACAAAUAACAGCUAGCUCACAAUAUAGAUUAAUAAAAACAUUAAUUCCUCUAUUAUCAACAAUUGAAAUUUUGAGACAAUUAAUGUUUUUAUUCACAAUUGUAAUUGUUAAUAAAUUCAAAAGUGAUGUUUUGACUCAAUCUUGCAUUCUAAACUUUAUCAGCACAACUGAGCUUGUUAUACAGUGACAGUUGCAAACUCUUGCCUUUGUGCAUAUCAGUUAUUAUUAGUAUUAUUAUCAGUUAUCAUCAGACUGUGAUGAUAACAAUAGUAAAUUUAGUAAUUCUCAGAGUGUCACUAUUCCUAUUAAAAUUAGCUCUUUUUAGAUUAACUGAAGAAAAACAAGAGCAAGUCAAGACUAUUAUGGGUCGAGUAAAAGAAAAUCUUGAGUCGAUCCUUACAGUGAGAAGGACCCCAUCUCCCCUUCGAUUACGAAGAGCUUGUGACGGUGACAAUCCAUUUAUUCUAACUGGCCCAACUGAGCCAUGCUUUAAUCGAUGCUCAAAUAACUCUGCUAUUUGUAGUUUUUUUCCAGUACCAUCAGAUCAUUUUCAGCGUUGUGUGGAAUGCAAUGGAGACAGGAGCAAUUGUGUUGAGGCUUACAGUAAUGGACCUGGUCUUGAAGAUACAGACCUUGCUCUCUAUGUAUAUGGAUUUAGUAUGUUUUGUGGUGCUGGCACUAUUGCUUAUGCCUCAUCCUGCCAAUUGGAAGAUCAAUAUGACCGGCCAAUAGCAGGAAUUAUUAACUUCUGUCCAUCUGAUACUGAUGAUGAAGAAGAGGUUUUUCAGGUUGCAAAACAUGAAAUUUUUCAUGUGCUUGGAUUUUCAGAUAACUUAUAUCCAUGGUACAGAGAUGAAAAUGGAAACCCAAGAACACGUAGAGAUGCCAAUGGUAACCCACCUACUGAUGCCAAUGGUGAUUAUGUAGCAGAUGAAAAUACAGUUAAAAUGGUAAACAUAACUGACUGGCAGACAAGAUUUGGACCAACAAACAAACCAGUCAUUCAAUUAGUUACUCCAAAAGUUGUGGAGGUUGGAAGACGUCAUUUUAAUUGUAAUACUUUGGAGGGUGUUCAGUUAGAGGAUCAAGGUGGUGGUGGCACUGCUGGAUCACACUGGGAGAAAAGAUUACUAAAUUAUGAAGCUAUGACUGGUAUAAUAUCAGAAAAUAUUGCAUUCUCCAACUUUAGUUAUGCACUGUUAGAAGACAGUGGUUGGUAUAAAGUUGACUACAGUAAUGCAAGUAUACUAGUCUGGGGACGUGGUGAUGGAUGUGGAUAUACUGCUGGUUCCUGUGGAGGAUAUACUGACUCAAAGAGAAGACAGAAUCAACCAAUAACUCCAUUCUGUGAUUUCUUUACCAACAAUGAAUCUAAUCCUCAAAACCUAUCUUGCAAUAUAGACAGGACAGCAGUUGCUUUUUGUAACCUUGUGGAUAAUUACUUAUAUGUAGCAUCUCACAUUUCUAUACCUCCAGAGUAUCAGUAUUUUAAUUCAGGUGCAAAUUUUAACAAUUCAGCACCUAGACUCCCAUUUUAUGGUGGACGUAUCCAUGCAGCAGACUUCUGUCCAUAUUAUCUUGAUGUGUAUAGCCAAGCACCUCGAGGUAUAUGCAGGAAAGGGAUCCCUUUAACUGCUAAUAAUGAAGCAGCAGAGACAUAUGGACCUAGGUCACGUUGUGUGGAUCACUCUGGGAAGUGGCAGAUCACUAAUGGCUCAAAUACAUACACUGCCCAAUACAGUGCAGGAUGCUAUGAGUACCAAUGCUCCAAUAGUGCUGUCAUAAUAAUGAUUCUUGGACAGUCAUACAAUUGUAGUAGAGCUGGUCAAGUGAUACAAGUUGAUCAGACUGUAAAUGGUGUGAGGUAUCGUGGAGGGAUUGUCUGCCCAUCUUGUGUUGAGAUAUGCUACGAUGAUUUUGAAAAUUGCCCAGAAGCUGCUGAGUUAUAUGGAGCUCCUCCUACUGACAGUGUUGGAAGUCUGCUGCCAAUGGUUGGGCUGCUUUUUGUUGCCAUCUCUGCCUCUUUUGCCGUCAACUAUUAAACUUUAUUAGUGGUCUGUGUGUGUGAGCCUGUAGUAGUAGUGGUAGUAGAGACUAGUAGUAGUUUUUAGGAACUUCUUAGAGUUUCUAUUUUGCUUUUAAAAAGAUGUUUUGAAUAUUUGACAUUGAGCCAGCAAA